GACAAAGAUAUAUUACUGACCAUCCAUGAUUUCGGCUAACAGGUGGCAUGUGGGACUCUUGUUGAUUUGCUACAUCUAUCUCGGUAAACCUUUAAUCCGAAAAUAAUCCAAUUCUACACUGCUAGAAACCGCCUCUGUCCUCGCAAGAACUGGGGAACACUUUGUUCAGUUCAUUCCCACGCCCGGGGUGGUAUCCGAUCGGUUCUAUUACGAAUCGCCCGGGUCGGUACACCCUAUAGAAGUGGAUGCGUCGACAACACAGCAAGUUCGUAUUCGGAUUGUGGACUUUUUGAACAAUAAUCCCGAGUUGAAGAUACAUUGCCACGUGGCCCCAUUGAGUCCGGAUUCGGAAUUGACUUCGGCGUUUUUGUGUCGAAAGACUUCUGUUACGGCCAAUAGUCUUUGUGUGGACCCGAAGACGCAAACUCCGCAAUGGGGUGAAAUCGCUUUCAAUGCCAUCGGAAAUCGCUCUCACGGCUACACGUUCCAUGCAGAACUUUCACGGUACGUCACGUUUUCCGUUAAACCGUCUAUUCUCUCCACAAAUCUAGGCUACACGUUCCAUGCAGAACUUCUAGUCGGCCGAGUGCUUUUGGAUGCGUUCUAUUUCUGCAAAUUUCGUAACACCUGGGGUGAACUCAAGUCGAAUAUGGUCGAGGUUCAGGAUGUGUACUACUAUCAAAUAGCAAUGGUUAAACGUGACGCGGAGAAACCUCAGUAUCUUCCAACGAUCAAAGCACCGGAUCUCCCGAUGCGACUAGAUUGCGGCACACGACGAUGGUCUGAAAAGGAUUUGCCCACCUGGGCAGACCAUAGUUUCCCGAGCCCAUUUCUUUGGUCAUUUUGUGAGGUUUCUGGUGCAGAUGGUUAUACGGACUAUCAGUGUAUGAACAAGGUGCGAAAACAUCCGAUUGGCGUUUCGGACUACUUUGAACAUGUGGUCUACCCAAAUGGAACGUUAAUCCUUCUUGGACGUACGGCUGCAGCCUGGAAAUACAUGGGUCUACUUUGCCGUAGCCACAUCCGGUCGGCAGUCAUCUUUUCCGUUUUCUUCGGUGGAACCGAAUCCAAUCCCGGUCCCCUGAUGUAUGACCCGAACGUACCGUACACGGAUUCCAGUUUUCGUCCAUUGUCUCCCAUGUUUCAAAAGAUCACUGUACGACAAGGCCCAGGAUCUGGUACACAGCUUGUGGCCGUCUAUCGAGGAAGCCGUUCGUUCACCAAGACUGAAUGGACAAAGGAUGGUGGACGUAUCCCGUUCGGUUUCCCAGAACCAACCGCUUUCGCCCUCACUUUCCCAGAACUCAUCCAACGGAAUCACUCAGGUUUGUAUGAAUUGCACGUGUCUGGCAGGCAUCCUGCAAUCCGGUUUCAAUUUGAAGUUACUGUGGUCGGUCCGCCGGAGGUGAUUCAAGACCCUCCUGCUUUGCUUUUGGUUAUGGAGGGGCGCGAAGCAAUGUAUCACACUGAGAUCGCAAGUUACAGCACAACGACACUGCGCAUCAACGGAGAAGUGUUCUUUCCAGGCUCCCCGCAGGGACAUCGAAAGCUCAUCAGCGAUUUCCCGUACCUAAAGGAUGCAAAAAUCCAUCCACUGGAUAUUCAAGGUCCACGAAUUCAAUAUCAUGCUAGCAACCUGGUGUUCACUCCCGGGAGCCCGUUCGGAUCCACUCAUACGGUGACGAUUGAGGGUGCAAAUGAGUUUGGUUACGCCAGGGUAUCCACGCUGAUCAAUGUAUUACCUCGCCCUACGUUCCUCAAGUUACCUGCCGACUGUGCCCCCCGAUGCCUUAGCAGCGAAGAGCAUACGUUCAACUGUGAGGUCGACCUGCGUCCGUACGCAAUGGCGCACAUUAUCCAAUCGUGGGACUGGAAUGGCACGGAUAUUUCAGUGCUUCGUGGACAAGGUGAUGCAAGGGCCGAUUAUUUCCAAACUGAAGGUAUCACGCUGCGACUGCUCCCAGUGCGUGACGCCUCGCGCGUCUCACUGUUCGCCAAUUCGCAUGUGACCUGUCGUAUUCGAAUCUACUACAAGGCUGUGCAGGCCGCAUUGGGUAAUUCGGAAAACGCGGAGCGCGUAUUGCAGGACUCCAGAUGGAUCGUGUAUGAUUCCAGGACUGACUCAGAGACACGGGGUCUCUCGUCCAAGGUGGAUCUGCAACUGGACAGCACCCGGUCCACAGCCAGUGCAGGAUUUUCGUGGAUUGCUGCCGUACUGAUUGCAAUUGUGAUUAUCAUCAUCAUCGGUGCGCUGACUGCCUGCAUAGUAAUGCGCAGCCGCGGAGAGACUUAUAUGCUUGAUCGGAAAGAACGAGCCUCCGGUCAUGAUCCCGAUAAAGAGCUCUUGGAGAAUAAAAACUUCCAGAUCUAUGAGCGACCUGAUCUCCCUCCUCUGCGUGGCAGCCGCUGCUCCUUGAAUGAUUACAGCGCGGAAAUCGGUAGUGAUGCCGAUGGGGAACUGGAUGACUACAACCUUGAUCCAGGCAAAUUCAACGAGGAAGGAUCGUUUAUCGAUCAGUACACGACUGAGACACACUAUAAGAGCAACUCGAGACUGCCAACUCUAUCCGGGCAAUACCAACCUCUGGCGUGAGAAUUCUUCGCAGCAUUCUAUUCAUCCGUCUCUCAUCUUGUGUUCGAAGGUAGCCGUUUUCGAAAUCAUUUCGUACAUGUGACAGUCAGUGUGCUGUUUUCAAUUCCGUGCAUGCGUAAUUCCCGUUUGCAUUUUAUCUCCAUGUUUCCCUCUCUCUCUCUCUGUUGAUGUAUCUCGGGCCUCAAUUGUUUUUAUCAUCACCCUCUCAUUGGUUUCUCCCUCCCUCCCUCCAUAGUUGUUUUUUUCAUGCAAUGAGCUUUUGUUUUAUUUUGCUUUUGUAUAGUGCGACGUAACAUUUACCACUCUUAAGAAACUCGUCGAAUGUGCACGUUUUUUCUCUCUCGUUCUCCAAUUAUGCGCUAUUCGUCUCGAAUUUCAAUGAACUCCGCGUGCGUGGCUUCCCUCAUUAUCUGACUAGUUCCAUUUUUUACUCCCCAGUUUUUAUUAACCCAUUUUUCCUACCCAUUUGUCAAUUUUUUUCAUUUUUUCCCUGUAGGUUUGUGUUGUCUUUUUGGACGUCUCAGGAUAGGAUAAUUGUAUAAUGAGAGACAUUUCAGAUGUAUUCCUUUUCUGUGUGUCCC